GUCUGAACCGCUAACAUUUGUAGGCAUACAAGUAAAGCACUUCUGUAAAAAAUGCGUGGGGAAGGAAGUCCAUUUUGUCGCUUAAAAUUGACGUCAUAUACAAGCGCCGAUGUUCCCUUCCUGUGAAAUCAGACGUUGGCGGACGUUAGCAACGCACAGCUAAGCGGGGAGUGACUUUGUGUCCAAAAUGUGUAAAGUAAGAGUUCUGAGAACGUUGGUGAAGCAGCGGCUCGACGUGGCCGUCGAAGAAAUAUUCGAACUGUUUGAGAGGACGAUAGCGGAGUACGAGGAGGAACUUAGUCGAAGCCAAGAGGAGAAAGAGCGACAACGCCAACUCCUGGACGCGCUUCUCAAUCCUCAUGUUCGACUGCAAAGAGCAGAAGUCCAACAGGAGUUAGGAGAGAGUCAAGAGGAAGUUCCCCUUCAUUCCGAGCAGCAGCGGGAGGAGGAUCCGGUAGAGCCCGCCCACAUUAAAAAGGAAGAGGAGGACGUGUGCAUCAAUCUCAGGCAGGGCGAGGCCGACAUCUGCUCGCAGACGCUGAACGUCCCCGUCAAGAGCGAAGAUGACGAAGUCCCGGCUCAAAGCCGAGCGGAGCCCCCGAGGACCAACUACCUCGCGCCCUUGUCCGACGUGGACGACGCCAUGUCUUCUGACACCGAUAACAGCGACGAUGCCCGAAAGGUGACGACGAAACAGAAGUCUAAAAGUGAUCAGACACUUUACAAAAAACAAGACUUUAAAUGCUCUGAAUGCGGGAAGACGUUCGCUCACAAGGGAAGCCUGAAAAUCCACAUGAUCACGCAUACCGGAGAGCGGCCGUUCGCUUGUUCCUUUUGCGCCAAGAGAUUCCACUUGAAGCAUCACAUGCAAAGACACAUACUAGUACAUACGGGGGAGACUCCCUUCUCCUGCUCUGUGUGCUCCAAAGGCUUUGCCGACAAAUACAAACUGAUGAUACACGCGAGGACGCACGCUGCAGUCACAUCCUUCGCCUGCUUCAUCUGUAAGAAAAGCUUCUCCAGCAAGGAAAGCCUCAAGUUACACGUCGCACGCACAUCAGGGAGAGACUGAGUCAGGAAGACCCCGCGGGGGGUAAUAACGACGGUAUGCAUCCGUUCAUGUGCUUCGAGUGUGGCAAAACGUUUCUCCAUAAGUGGAACUUGACCCGACACAUGCGAAUACACACCGGAGAGAAACCUUUCGCUUGCCCCGUUUGCGCUAAAGGAUUCCGGGAUAAGUCCGAACUGAUAAAGCACAUGAUGGUGCACACUGGGGAGAAACCCUUUUCUUGCUCGGUUUGCACCCUGAGGUUCCGACACAGGGCCAGCUUGAUAAAGCACCUGAAGAAACAUUCCGGGGAGAAACAUUUCACCUGCACGGUUUGUUCAAAAAGCUGCCCCAGUUUAGCGUCGCUCAUAUUACACUCGAAAGAACACACACCCAGCACCUCGAGUGAAAUCGCGAUCGCAGAAGCUCCCUCUCGGGACGUGUGCGCCGUGGAAUUGAAUAUGGGUGACGAAAAGCCCAACUCUCCCGAGACGGACACCGAAGAACCCCCAAAGACGUACGCCCACCCGAAAGACGCCGACGCCGAGCGGCUCUGCUGCUUCCAAUGCGCCAAAACAUUCCAGCGCAGGUCUCACUUCAUCCGUCACCUGAAAACACACACUGGGAAAAGACCCUACAACUGCGCUCUCUGCGCCAAAGUCUUCUCCAGCAAGAGGGAGAUGAAGAUGCACAUCCGGGUGAAGCACACGGGCGAGACGCCCUUCGCCUGUCCCGUCUGCGGCAAAGGGUUCGCCGUCAAGAAGUACAUGACGGUGCACAUGAGGAGACACAGCGGGGAGAAACGCUUCGCCUGCCCGCUGUGUUCCAAACGGUUCACCACCACAGCAGGGAUGGAGAGACACACGGGGACGCACACGGGGGAAAAAAACGUCAACUGCAACGUGUGCCGUGGACAAAUCGCCGGCGAGAGGAUGCUCGAAAAUCACACCUGUGUGCCGGUGACGACGGAUGAAGCGGCGGGUCCUUAAGAGAUCACGUGGACGUUAAAUGCGUUAUUUGAAGUGAACAUUUGACACGUUUUUCAUGAGAAAACCGUGUACAGUAAUCUCUUUCCAUUACCAUCCUGGCACAAACAACAAAAGUUAAUUGAAACUCCCCUUCCAAAAUGUACAUAGUUUGUGUAAAUGUAAGUAAGAUUAUUUGUUGCAGCCCUACUACAUACGUUAAAGGUCCACUGUCAUGAAAUGCAUGAUUUUUAGUGUGUUAUUCAUGGAAAAAAACGCAGCCGGUACGGACCCAGCCGUUUUUUCACCACAAAACAUGAUUUUGACGUAUAUGGCUUUUUGUAACUCCCGCCAUGAAGAUCCUCUCGAGGGAUUUGUUGUCGAGAAGAAGCAGGAAGUGACGUACAGGGCAGUAGCGCACUCAAGCGGUCUUUCUGUUUAUGCCGAGCGUUUACCUCGGGGAAGGUAGCUCGUUGUUCCUUCGUGUUAGCCAAAAUGCCGGCUCGUUGUAUUGCUGGAUAUUGCUCGAACGCUCGGGAGGAUGGAGUCGCUCUGCAUACUUUACCAAAAGAUCUGUUUCGUCGUGAAAAAUGGAUUGCACAGGUGCAAAUGACGAAGGAAUCUCCACAGGCCUUGUCGGCCGCGGUGGCUCAUCUUCGCCGCGGAAGUGGAUCGGACGGGGAGGCGGCUUGGCUGGGGUGUCGUCGUCGCUCGUGGACGGCGUUGUUUUUAUCACCGCCGCGCGGAGGUGGAUCGGGUUGGAAAGGUGGUUUAGCCGUGAUCCGCAAAUCAUCAAAAUAUGGCUCGAAACAAUAAUGUAAUAUUCCGCCGGUCACUUCACUCGGUUGUGAGAUGUUCUCUUCUUCAAAAAGAGCUUCCGUGUCCGAAGGGGCGUGUUCGUCUCCCAUAAUAGGUGGCACAGCGUGUUUUCAAUGGCGAAUGUCUGGGGUGAUGUCACGGGCAGUCGAUGGAGCCAAUAUGGCGACCAAUUGGAAGUGGAACGACACUGCCGCAACUUUGCGCAUUGAUGACGCGCUCUCCGCUCAUAUUUUUUUUUCGUAUAGACGUUGACGUGAAUAAUGUGAUAUGUAUUUUUCAUUACAAUAUCUAUUUUGGAAUGUUUAUAGGGAUGACACGUGGGCUUUAAACGUGCAUAAGUAUAUUACAAAAAAAAACUUUUAAAAACACACUUUUUAAAAUAUUCCUUAGGACAGGACAUCACUCAUCAAGAAAAAUAAAUGAAAUGUCAUAUAAGAGAGCUUUCAGGCUGUGUAUUUGCCUCUCCCACAUGACCCGUUUACGAUAAAAUUGCGUUAAUUAUUGACCGCACAUCAAUAUUUUGUGCAAUAGAACCUGUGCUUCUACUCAACUCUGUACAAAUGACCAUUUUAAAAGUGUAAUGCAUCGUAGGAUUUUUGAAAAUCACUUUGUGUACACUAUGUAUGAACUUAAUCCUAUAUAACUAUAUCCUAUACAAUAUGGACUAUAGAUUGUCAACAUGUCUCCGGUCAAAGAGAAAAUGACGGUGCAAAAAUGUUUCUUUGGACACAUUCGGCUGUGUUUUUUUUAAAAACUGAUUUUUACUGAAGUGUAACAAACAAAGUGGAAGAACAGUUUAAAAACUCAAAAUGACAAAAAGAUUUUCCCAUGAGCAUCCAAUGGAUAGGUUUCCAAUGACGUCACCGCAGUCCCAGGAGUCCCGUGUCCGCCAUUUUGUGUGUCUGAAGCAAGGGAAGCGUCUACGUCGACAAUGCAAGCGAGCCCCUUUUGUCCGAUAACAUGGGCGGGAUUUCUUCCUGAUCCAACAAAGAGACACGAUAAAGUUUACUCGGAUAAUUCCGUAACACGUAACGUUUCCAAUUAAAUACUAGAGGCAACAAGGAAUCAAUAAAUGAUGUAUUCUACACGAAGGUGUUACAGAGCGUUCUUUAAAGGGGAAAUCCAGUGCUUUGCAUAAACUGUGUAUCAAUAGGUCAUGGAAUAUAUACCUUAUUUUGACAAUGUAAUGUUAAAUCCUCUCAUUUAAUCGUGUUUUGAGAAGAUUUUAUCGACAAUAACGAAUUUUCAGGGUCGCUGCCAUUUAGCCCCGGACCCCGAAGCUAGGCUAAAGGCCUCCACCACCUGAAAGCUCGGCUCGCGACCCGCCGCCGAGCUCGCUCGUCAGACUCUGCGUCAUUCCCGUCCGAAGAACCAUUCAAAUAUUUAACAUUAAUUACAGCCACAGGUUCAAAUCUCUUCAAAGUCUUCCCGAUCAACCGAUACUGCUCUUUCUUCAUCAGAUGGGGAUAAAUCCGAGAAAUCAGCGCUUGGGCAUAAUGGGUGUCCUGUGUAAUCGAGCGUUUGGAAUGGCACGUAACACGUCACAUCCGUGCCCGGAGAUCACGUGACUCCAGAAAAUGGUAGCCCCCUGAAAAUUCAUCAUUGUCGAUAAAAAUCUUCUCAAAACACGAUUAAAUGAGAGAGGAUUUAAUAUCACAUUGUCAA